CAAGCCUUUUUCCUCCGUGCUCUCAUAGAGGUGGGUCGGCUUCUCCCCCUCUUUACCAAGUCCUCUGUUCGUUAGGGUUUAGCGGCAAAGGAGAUGGCGGCGUCGGAUGUGGAGUUCCGCUGCUUCGUCGGCGGCCUCGCCUGGGCCACGGACGACCAGUCCCUCCAGCAGGCCUUUGCCCCGUACGGCGAGGUCAUCGACUCCAAGAUUAUCAACGACAGGGAGACGGGUCGUUCCCGUGGGUUCGGCUUCGUCACCUUCUCCUCGGAGCAGUCGAUGCUCGACGCCAUCGAGGCCAUGAACGGCAAGGAGCUCGACGGCCGCAACAUCACCGUCAACCAGGCCCAGUCCCGCGGCGGCGGCGGUGGCGGCGGCGGCUACGGUGGGCGCCGGGAGGGCGGAUACGGUGGAGGUGGUGGCGGCGGCUACGGCGGGCGCCGUGAAGGCGGAUACGGUGGAGGCGGCGGCGGAGGCUACGGCGGGCGCCGCGAGGGCGGCUACGGAGGCGGUGGCUACGGCGGCGGCAGCCGCGGUGAAUCCGGCGGCAACUGGAGGAACUGAUGGGUGGGGCCCCUGGCGGCCAGCUACCCUAGUUAUCUAUCGUAUCAUGUUACCGUUGGAUCCUUGUUACCCUGGUCUCAUUUAGUGUCCGUGUUACCGUUCGAUUAGGUGUUUGGUUCCCCGUGAUGAUGUUACCGUUCGCUUUGGUCAGUGUUCGUGAUGAAGUGUCGUGUUUUGCGCUAAGUAAUGAGAACGAAGAAAAGAGUGGGCAAGGUUUUUGUUCGCA